AUGAAUGUGCAGGCAGCACUGGACUCCGGAAUGUCACCUAUGAUUCACGAUGGGGAUUAUAAUACUCAACCACCAUCUAAUGUUAGUGACAGAGACCUUCUACACGCCACACGACAACAACAUGAGAAAACAUUAGAUGCAUCACCCGAAAGCUCAAACCAAAGCUCUUUACAGUCUCUUCUAGCAAAAUCGCUUCCGCUGAGGCUGCAGGUCACUACGCUCAUGAAUAGCCUCCAAGAUCAAACAACAUACGACCAUAUCCUAGCCGUCGGUAAGGAGCUGGCAUUGGCCAGUGGCGAAAUUACUGCCAAAUUGGAUCGGGCUACCUCUGGGAUCAAUGGCCUACCUGCGACGCAGUUUGCCCAAAGCCAUUGCAGUCACUUGAUUCGUCGCUUACCAAUGUGUCUUCACUUUGUCUAUGCCAUCAAAUCUAAGAAAAAUCCGCUCUACAGCCACUCACAGAAAGUUUGUCUGGAAGCUGCAUUGGACAUAAUCUCUCUCCUGGAUGACGAUUUAUAUAGUCGCCUGCUUCUUUCUGGCGGUGGAAUGUUUCGCGAUGUCUCAACUCGUGCAGCGAUUCUUAUUUUCAUGGAGCUGAGCCCAGAUGCCGAAGCAGAAGUAUCUAGCCUUACCAAGAGAAGAUACCAAGAACGCCAGAGCUUUCUUCUGCAAUAUGCUCAACGUCUUGUACAAUAUGCCGAAGAUAGAAUUCGAGAAGGCGAAACGAGUGUGAAAACUUAUGUGUUCCUUCGACUGAUGAUGGCACGAGCGGAAGCACGAUUUAAAGACUGCCCUUUUACAGAAAAUGAUAUGACGGAGGCUUUGAGGGAGGGUUUUGACAAAUGUCAGACAAUGCUGAAGGAUAGACUACUUAACGUGAAUCAAGCCAAUGUUCACGACGACGCGGUUCCGGGUUCUCCCCUCGGUGCUUGGACACCAAAUGAGUUGAACGAACCCUCAUAUUCUGACUUCCCAACAGACAACUUCAGUCUUGUAAAUGACGUGAAUAUUGACUUUGAUUUUUUGAGUGAUCAGCUCCCUUCACAAUGGGUUGAUCAAACCUGGUUCUAG